AUGUCCGGGGGCAGGAAGGACUGGUCGGCGCUGUCCAGCCUGGCCCAGCAGUGGAGCCUGGAAGACCAAGAGGAGCAGCAACGGGAGCGCCGGCGACGCCACCGGAACCUCAGCUCCACUUCCGAGGACGGGUCGCCCGGGCUCGCCCAGAAUGGAGGGCGGCUGGCCUCCCACAGACUGCCGAGUGUGGAAGAAGCAGAGGCCCCCAAGCCGCCGCCCGCCGCAGCCUCCGGAGAGGAGAGCGAGGAUGUGCAGGCCAUCCUCAGGACCAGGAGGGAACGCAGGCAGCGGCGACAGGCCGUGGAGGUCGCGCAGGCCCCCAUCCGGGAGCGGCUGGAGGCGGAGGAGGGACGGGACCGCUCGGGCCCUGGGCCGGCGGAGCAGCAGCCCCUCUCACCCAAGCAGGAGGUGGGGGCGCCGCCUCGCCGCAGACUGAGCCAGGAGCAGCGUGGGCCCUGGGCCCGGGAGGAGGAGAGCUCGGCGGGCAGACAGAAGGGGGUCCCGGAGAAGUCCCCCGUCUCGGAGAAGUCCUCCGUUCCGGAGAAGACGUCAGCGCUGGAGAAGAGGCUGAACUCAGAGGGCACCUCCAUCUCCGAGAGAACAUCGGUGUUGGAGAAGAUGGAAGAGAAAAAAACAGUCCUAGGAAAAACAGGUGUCUCGGAGAAGCCUCCGGCCCCAGGGAGGACGUCAGGUUCGGAAAGGAGACUGGUGUCUGAGAAGGCAUUGAUCUUUGAGAGGUCGCAGGUCUCAGAGACAAAGCUGGUCCCAAAGAGGGCUGCAGCCUCAGAGCAGCCCCAGGCCCGGGAGAAGCCUCAGGCCCAGGAGAAGCCCCAGGCCCAGGAGAAGCCCCAGGCCCGGGAGCAGACUCAGGCCCAGGAGAAGCCUCAGGCCCACAAGAAGCCUCAGGCCCGGGACAAGCCCCAGGCCCGGGAGCAGACUCAGGCCCAGGAGAAGCCUCAGGCCCACGAGAAGCCUCAGGCCCGGGACAAGCCCCAGGCCCGGGAGCAGACUCAGGCCCAGGAGAAGCCUCAGGCCCACGAGAAGCCUCAGGCCCGGGACAAGCCCCAGGCCCGGGAGCAGACUCAGGCCCAGGAGAAGCCUCAGGCCCACGAGAAGCCUCAGGCCCGGGACAAGCCCCAGGCCCGGGAGCAGACUCAGGCCCAGGAGAAGCCUCAGGCCCACGAGAAGCCUCAGGCCCGGGACAAGCCCCAGGCCCGGGAGCAGACUCAGGCCCAGGAGAAGCCUCAGGCCCACGAGAAGCCUCAGGCCCGGGACAAGCCCCAGGCCCGGGAGCAGACUCAGGCCCAGGAGAAGCCUCAGGCCCACGAGAAGCCUCAGGCCCGGGACAAGCCCCAGGCCCGGGAGCAGACUCAGGCCCAGGAGAAGCCUCAGGCCCACGAGAAGCCUCAGGCCCGGGACAAGCCCCAGGCCCGGGAGCAGACUCAGGCCCAGGAGAAGCCUCAGGCCCACGAGAAGCCUCAGGCCCGGGACAAGCCCCAGGCCCGGGAGCAGACUCAGGCCCAGGAGAAGCCUCAGGCCCACGAGAAGCCUCAGGCCCGGGACAAGCCCCAGGCCCGGGAGCAGACUCAGGCCCAGGAGAAGCCUCAGGCCCACGAGAAGCCUCAGGCCCGGGACAAGCCCCAGGCCCGGGAGCAGACUCAGGCCCAGGAGAAGCCUCAGGCCCACGAGAAGCCUCAGGCCCGGGACAAGCCCCAGGCCCGGGAGCAGACUCAGGCCCAGGAGAAGCCUCAGGCCCACGAGAAGCCUCAGGCCCGGGACAAGCCCCAGGCCCGGGAGCAGACUCAGGCCCAGGAGAAGCCUCAGGCCCACGAGAAGCCUCAGGCCCGGGACAAGCCCCAGGCCCGGGAGCAGACUCAGGCCCAGGAGAAGCCUCAGGCCCACGAGAAGCCUCAGGCCCGGGACAAGCCCCAGGCCCGGGAGCAGACUCAGGCCCAGGAGAAGCCUCAGGCCCACGAGAAGCCUCAGGCCCGGGACAAGCCUCAGCCUCAGGCCCAGGAGAAGCCUCAGGAGCAGCCCCACACCCGGGAGAAGCCCCAGGCCCACGAGAAGCCUCAGGCCCCAGAGCACCCCCAGGGCCAGGAGCAGCCAGGGGCUGGGAGAAUCCAGAGAGCAAGGGCCCUCCUUGGGAAGAACCGUACGUCCUCAGCAGAGCCAGCAGCAUGCAGCCCUCCAACUGCGACUUCCCGCCUCCCCCCCAUCACACUCCAGGUGAAGAUUCCCAGCAAGGAGGAGGAAGACACCUUCUCGCCCACCCAGACCACCUACAGCAGCUCCCUCCGCCGCUCCAGCCCCAGGACCAUCUCCUUCCGGAUGAGCCCCAGGAUAAACAACUCGGAAACAACCCUAACCCGCAGUGCCAGCGUGAGGCUCCCAGUCAAGUUAGGCGAGAAGCUGGAGAGAUACCACUCGGCCAUCCAGAGAUCAGAGUCGGUCAGGUCCUCAGGCUCCUCCCGCACCGAGUUCUUCGUGGCGCCCGUGGGCGUGGCCAGCAAGCGCCACCUCUUUGAGAAGGAGCUGGCAGGACAGAGCCGGGCAGACCCCGCCUCCAGCCGGAAGGAGAACUUGAAGCUCUCAGGGGUCGUGACCUCUAGGCUCAACCUGUGGAUCAGCAGGACCCAGGAGCCGGGAGAGCAGGAUCCCCAGGAGGUGCAGAAAGAGUCAACAGCCACCAAGAGAACCCAGUGGGGGAAAAAAGCAGACUUAUCCCUGAAUGCCGAGGUGUGACAGCCCUGCCAGGACAUCCUGCAAGUGUUGUCUUGAGGGCCCUCCCUCUGGCCAGGCGCCACCUCCUGCAGCUGCACCCUCA